AUGACAGACACAAGGUGCAGCUCCGGCUUCUACAGAGAGCGGGCCGGACCAUACCGGGGUCAGUGUGUGCCAUGUAGCUGCAAUGGACUCUCCAAUGAGUGUGAUGAGCGAACAGGGAACUGUGUGAACUGUCAGUUUGACUCCACCGGGGACCGCUGUGAACGGUGUAAAGAGGGUUACUAUGGAAACGCAGCUGAGAGGACUUGCCGUGCCUGUCCGUGCCCCUUUACACGGAACAAUUUCGCUCUGGCCUGCCUGGACAUUGGCUCAGGAGUGGUUGAGUGCUUGUGUAAACGUGGUUACAGUGGAGCCAGAUGUGAGAGAUGUGCAUUUGGUUACUAUGGUAACCCAGUGGUGUAUGGAGGCAGCUGCAAGCCCUGCAAUUGCAAGGACAGCUCGAACAUUUGUGAUUCUCUGACUGGAGAGUGCAUCACAUCUGGAAACAGCAGCUGUGGUGCUCACUGCCAUGAAUGUGACAGCUGUACUAUGUCCUUACUGCUCGACUUGGAAAGGAUGGAUGAUGUCCUGGCUCAGCAGAAGCAGCAGCUGCAGAACGUCUCUGAUGGCGCUGGUUCCAUCUUCAGGCUGAACGACCUGCAGGCUAACAUUUCUGAAACCAAGAUUCGGGUUUGGAGGUACAGCACCGCCGUGAGACACCUGGAUCCAAAGGUUGAACAGCUGGAAGCAGAUGUGGAUGCUGUCAGAGAUGACUUGAGUCAACUGACCGACCAGACACUUGAAUCUGUAUCAGAUCUGGAGGAAGUCUUGCAGAAUGCCAGUGAAACAAAGUUAAAGGCGGAGGAUCUUCUCUCUGAAGCUGAAACUCUCCUCACAGCAAUACAAGAUUUGAUAAAGCAGCAAACUGAGGUGAAACCUGGAGAGUCGGCUACUCUGUCUCAAAGUGACAGAGCCAGGAUGAUGGAGGAGGCUCAGCGCGUCGUGCAGGAGAUGAGAGAGCGAGGCUGCGCUGCUCAGAGAGGCCGGGCUGGCAGAGAGCAGGAGGACGCACACCACUUGCUGGACAUAAUCAGGAACAUGACAGAUCCUGUGGAAACCAACCAGGCUGUGUUAAAUCAGACUGCAGACUCACUGAUGGCCUCAGACUCUGCUCUGAGGGAAGUGGCUGUGCUGCUGUCAGACACGAAGGACAGAGUCAACAGGACACAGAGCCUCAACCUGAAGAGUGGUGCUACCCUACAGCAUCUGGAGCAUCUUCAGUCUCAGCUGGAAGGGGAACAAAGCGCGCUCCUUCCUGUGACUGGAAUGACUAGAGACCUGCUAAAGAACACCACCGACGUCUUUUUAAUGCUUGAGGAAAUUAAGAGCGAAUUUGAGAAUCACGCAGCUCAGUUAGACGGUGCCAAGCUGGAACUCUUAAAGAAGUUAAACAACAUCGUCCAGAUUAAGACAAAGGUGGAUAUUGUGAGCAAAGCUGAGGAGCACGCAGAGAAGCUCAACAGAGAGGCAGCAGAAUUUCAGCAGGUGCUUCAUAACUCUACCAACAGUACUGACCUGCACAGUGUGCUGAGUGUAGGAGCCUAUAAUAACAUCAUAAAGGCCAUAGAAGAGGCAGAGAUGGCAGCAAAUCAGUCCAGAGAGGCUGUUGAUCAGGCCUCAAAGGAUGUGAAGGAGGGAGGCCUCGUCAACAGGGCCGAAGGACUCAAAGAUAAUUCAACUCAUUUACAGACAGAAGCCAACGAGACUCAGCGUAAACUUGAAACGCUGUCACAUACAGUGAACACCCUCAAAGACCGUGUGAAUACGCAAAAGGAAAAAGGAGAAUCUCUGAGAACGGACAUCUCAACCGUCACUGACAACCUCAACAAGAUCAAAAGAGAUGACACAGACGUCCUGAUAAAGUCUGCAAAAACAGCUGCCUCUGCCUCCAACUCCACCGUCAAUGAUAUAACAGAGAGAGUGAGGAACCUCAGCCAGGAUGUGGAGAGAAUACCUUUGACCAAUGUCAGUGUGAAUAUAGAUGAUACGUUGGCUGAAGCAGAGCAAGCAUUGAAGAACUUGAGCACAGCCGUCCCUGUGUUGGAAGACAAAAUCACACAAGUUGAGGCUCUCAGUGAGAAGGCGUCUCCCGGUGCCAACAUGACAGAAAGCAUCAGGAGAAUCAAGGACGUGAUAGAGGAGACAAGAAACUUUGUUGACAGGCUCUCAGUUGCCACCACCUUCUACGGAAAAGGUCACGUUGAGCUUCGUCCUCCGAGAAACCUUGACGACAUAAAAGCGUUUACAGCCGUUGAUCUGCUUCUCAAUCGCCAUCAAAACAAUCCCUCCAAGGCUAACUACAGACGGAAGAGACGGCAGAACAAACACAGAGAUGCCAACAUGUUUGUUUUCUACCUGGGUAACAAAGAUGCUUCCGGAGACUACAUCGGGAUGGCUAUCAGCAGCAAUGUGUUGACUUGUGUCUACAAGUUGGGUGGAGUCGUCCAUGAGAUUGUUACCAGCCCAAUAACAACAACCACCAAUGUGAACUCCUCAGACUUUGACAGGGUUAUCUUCCACAGAGUUUACCAAGAUGCUGAAGUGAACAUCACAGGGAACUUCACAUCACAGAAUCCGAUCCACCGCUCACCUAAACGUAACCAUCCAAACACAAUGACUGGUGUCCUUGAACUGGAUCCAGUCAGCGUUGUGUUCUACGUGGGCGGUUAUCCUAAAAACUUUAUGCCUCCAGUGCAGCUGCGUUACCCACAGUACAGAGGAGCAAUGAAGCUCUCCUACAUAAACAAUAACCCUGUGAGUCUGUUUAACUACAAGCGUGCCGUCAAUAUGGAUGCAAAGCAGCCUCCCAUCAAGAUUCCCCACUCAGAGGUGUCGGAUUAUUACGAUGGAACAGGUUACCGCAUGGCGAUUAUAAGGGAGCCACACAAGAUGAAGAGAAGACUGUUCAGAUUUCACACUAACAGCCGAGAGACAAAUGCCGUGCUGUUCUUCAUCGGAAAUGAAGGGUCUUUUUUCUGUGUGUUUGUGGAAAGAGGCUUCCUGGUGCUUCAAGGACAGCAAGCUGGUCGAGAGCUCAGAGUUCAGAGUGCUGACAAAGUGUCUCUAUUCGACAAACCCUUUGCAAUCACCAUUGCAGACAGGUUCAUUGUGCACUGUGGACCACAGCAGAUCUCCACAGAACACAAUCAAACAAACUACAUGAGUUUUUACAUCGGGGGUGUACCAGCACAGCUCAGACAGAGACACAACAUCACAGCUCCAGCAUUGAGAGGAUGUGUGGAUCAUCUGACAGUAGACACUGAGAUCGCUGAGUACUUCAGGACGAUUGGUGUCAGCAACAGAUGUCCAGUUUCACUACUGGGUGUUCGUUCAGCUACGUUAUAUUCAGCUCUGUCUGUUGAUUCCUCGGCUCUUUGGGGUGAACAGACGGCCGGAGUCUCUCUGGGCUUCAGGAGCACAGACAGAGACGGUCCUCUUCUCAGAAGCAGCUCUCAGGGUUCCACCUCUGUCCACAACUUUAAGCUGUCUCUGGAUGACGGCUAUGUAGUAUUUAAGAGUGAUGAUUACACCUUAAGGUCGGAUGACAGGUACAGUGACGGAAGCUGGCACUACUUGUCUGCAGUAAGGAGGCCAACAGGGUUGGAGCUCAGGAUUGAUAAUGUAAAGGUGAUUCGGGGACAAUCACCUGGUUUGAGGCUGGAGGAUCAAAAUUCGCAAGGAGGGAAAUUCAAAAGCUGCAUCGCUAACCUUUACAUCAGGAGAGGCUUCCUGGUGCUUCAAGGACAGCAAGCUGGUCGAGAGCUCAGAGUUCAGAGUGCUGACAAAGUGUCUCUAUUCGACAAACCCUUUGCAAUCACCAUUGCAGACAGGUUCAUUGUGCACUGUGGACCACAGCAGAUCUCCACAGAACACAAUCAAACAAACUACAUGAGUUUUUACAUCGGGGGUGUACCAGCACAGCUCAGACAGAGACACAACAUCACAGCUCCAGCAUUGAGAGGAUGUGUGGAUCAUCUGACAGUAGACACUGAGAUCGCUGAGUACAUCAGGACGAUUGGUGUCAGCAACAGAUGUCCAGUUUCACUACUGGGUGUUCGUUCAGCUACGUUAUAUUCAGCUCUGUCUGUUGAUUCCUCGGCUCUUUGGGGUGAACAGACGGCCGGAGUCUCUCUGGGCUUCAGGAGCACAGACAGAGACGGUCCUCUUCUCAGAAGCAGCUCUCAGGGCUCCACCUCUGUCCACAACUUUAAGCUGUCUCUGGAUGACGGCUAUGUAGUAUUUAAGAGUGAUGAUUACACCUUAAGGUCGGAUGACAGGUACAGUGACGGAAGCUGGCACUACUUGUCUGCAGUAAGGAGGCCAACAGGGUUGGAGCUCAGGAUUGAUAAUGUAAAGGUGAUUCGGGGACAAUCACCUGGUUUGAGGCUGGAGGAUCAAAAUUCGCAAGGAGGGAAAUUCAAAAGCUGCAUCGCUAACCUUUACAUCAGGAGGCCCGAGCAGAGCUUUAUACCUGCUGAUCUGAGCUCAUUUCCACAAACAGGAGUUGCAGUACUUGGCCUCUGCAGUCUCCAUCAAGCACCGCACACCAAGCUUCUACAAGACCCUGUAUUAAGAAGGUCCCAGAAACACAAACCUAUUCAGGUUCCAACAGGGAGUCAGUGUAAACACCGGCGAGCACACCAUGAAUACCAGCUCACUGAGGAGCACAGUUGGCUCAGUUACACGGUGCCACAGCAGGACCUUAAUCACAGGCCUCACUUUUCCCUUGACAUAAAGACCAAGUCGUCCAAAGGGCUUAUCCUCCAUGUGGCAGGGAGAGGAGUCGUCCCCUUGCUGGCUCUGUACAUGGCAAAUGGCAAGAUCAAGAUGUCUCUCGGGCAAAACAGAAUCAUCCUGCACAAGCAGCAGAGCAACGACGGGAACUGGCACAGAGUGGAGCUCAGUGUGGAGAGGAGCACUUUCCACCUGCUGGUUGAUGGGAACCGUGUGACUGAUGGAGAUCUGCCCAACAACGAGGGAUCAUCUUUAAACCUACACAACCCCGUGUACCUGGGAGGUGAUCCCAGGAGCAAAAUCACAAAAGGACAUAACAUCCCCACCAACAGUGUUAUUGGUUGUAUACGGGAUUUCAGAAUGAAUGACGUAGUUAUCGGGGAGCCUGAGGAAAGCCACAAAACUUUACCCUGCAUGGACGGGCUCACAGAGAUGGGGACAUACCUCGGCGGCGGUCACAUCAUCUUGGAUAAUUACUUCUCAUUUGGCUCCCCGUUUGCGCUGGCUUUCGAGCUGCGGCCUCAGUACCUGACAGGUCUUCUCUUCCAUGUUCAGAGUCACAAGGCCAGCUUUAAUGUGUUCUUAAUGGAGAACAAGGUGGGUGUUGAAGUGCAUGACGGUGAGGAGGCUGUCAGUGUCUCAAUAACUCCUCCUGAGAGCCUCUGUGAUGGAAAAUUUCACAUGGUUACAGUGUCCAAACAACGUGAUGUUAUUGAACUGGCAGUGGACUCCAUGUCUGAGCAGAGAUACAUUCCCUUCAUAUCCACCUCAACAACACUGGAGACACUUUACAUCGGAGGGACAACAAAGCAGACCAGAGUCUCCGUGUUCUCACCAUUUGUGGGCUGCCUACGAAAUGUGAAGUUUUAUGGAAGACCUGUUGCACUGGAGACAGGAUCCAGGGUGGUCGGACCUGUCAGCAUCAACACAUGCCCAGCAGAAUAAGACGUGUAAUUAACGGGGGACAUGCCAACAUCUUUUACUCCUCAGAGACAUCAUUACAAAGUGCGCAGACAGGCUUUGUUGAAACCCUAAAACCCAGCGCCCCUUAGCUGCUGUUGCUACACCUGUCAGGUUUUACUGUUUCACACCUCACACAGUUUAACUAAUAAAGGAACAGAUAUACACCCUGAAAUAACUAAACCUCUGUCAAGCUAAAUUUAGAAACACGAUUUCAGACAGAGAAAAACAGACUUCUCACUUCUACCUGACGACCAUUGAACGUCAGCUGAAAUGACAUCUGUUGCUACCAAAUUUAACCAGCUGUAGCUAAUUAAGCUAAUGUUUAGACAACGUCCUUAGUUGGCUUUUUUUGCCUCCUGGGCACUGCAGUGGUGCACUUAAGCAAGGCACUGAACCCCCACCUGCUCAGGGUGCCUGUCUAUGGGCAGCCCCCUUGCUCUGACAUCUCUCCAUUUAAUGCAUGUAUAGGUUCUGUUUGUGCACGUGUGUGUAUUUCAGGUGGUUCAGUGGUUCCCAGCUGGUC